AUUUUGAGAAUUUUUUUUUUCCUCUUCCAUAUUUUAAAUUUUACUAGUAAAAAAUAACAUUUUCUAAUUUAUUUAUUUCUCUAGUCAAAAGUCAAAAUCCUCGUUAAUUCAUUUUCAAAGGUUAGUAGAACACGUGGAAAAGAUGAGACAGUGUUGGACGAUGACGAAGUUACCGUGUUUGUCGGUGUUUCUGUUACUUCUGUUCUUCUCUACGGUGGAUGCAACACCUCGUUCGCUACAACAUCGUUUGUCUGAAUCUAAAACUGGAAACAGCAACAAUUAUCUGACCAAGGAAGAAUUAUGGUUUUCCCAAACUCUCGACCACUACUCUCCCUAUGAUCACCGCAAAUUUCAGCAGCGUUACUAUGAGUUCCUUGACUAUUUUCGGAUUCCGGAUGGACCGGUUUUUUUGGUGAUCUGUGGUGAAUAUUCAUGCAAUGGGAUAAAAAAUGACUAUAUUAGUGUUCUGGCAAAGAAGUUUGGAGCAGCCGUGGUUUCUCUUGAGCAUCGCUAUUAUGGGAAAAGUUCGCCAUUUAAAUCUCUGAAGACAGAAAAUUUGAGAUAUCUUUCAUCGAAGCAGGCGCUGUUUGAUUUGGCUGUUUUCCGCCAGAAUUAUCAGGACUCCUUAAAUGCAAAGAUUAAUAGAACAAAAAUCGGUAAUCCCUGGUUUGUAUUCGGUGUCUCAUAUCCUGGAGCCCUCAGUGCAUGGUUCCGUCUUAAGUUUCCCCAUUUAACAUGCGGAAGUCUUGCAAGUUCUGCAGUUGUUCUUGCUGUUUACAACUUCACAGAAUUUGAUCAGCAGAUUGGUGAGUCAGCAGGUCCUGAAUGUAAGGCAGCUUUACAAGAAAUUACGAAACUUAUCGACCAAAAACUUGUAACCGAUAAAAAGGCAUUGAAGGCUUCUUUUAAUGCAGCUGAUCUUGAAAUUGAUGGCGACUUUUUGUAUUUCUUGGCUGAUGCUGCUGUUACAGCGUUUCAGUAUGGAAAUCCAGAUAUAUUAUGCAAGCCUAUUGUUAAAGCAAAGGAGGAUGGAGAGGAUUUGGUGGAUGCUUAUGCCAAAUUUGUCAAAGAUUUUUACCUUGGAACUGAAGGUGUUAGUGUACAAUCUUAUAACCAAAAGAGCUUGAAGAAAACUACUAUCGAUGAAAACAGUUCAGAUAGACUAUGGUGGUUUCAAGUUUGCACGGAGGUUGCAUACUUUCAGGUGGCUCCCUCAAAUGACAGUAUACGCUCCUCAAAAGUUGACACGAGAUACCAUUUGGAUCUUUGCAAAAAUGUCUUUGGAAAGGGUAUAUUUCCUGAUGUUGAUGCAACUAAUAUAUAUUACGGAGGCACAAAAAUUGCUGGUUCCAAAAUAGUAUUCACAAAUGGCUCACAGGAUCCUUGGCGUCGUGCAUCUAAACAAAUUUCAUCACCUGAUAUGCCUUCCUACACAAUCACUUGUCAUAAUUGCGGCCAUGGAACUGAUAUGCGAGGAUGCCCUCAAAGUCCAUUUAAUAUUGAAGGCAAUGAGGAGAACUGCACAUCCCCUGAUGCUGUUCACAAAGUUAGGCAAAAGAUCAUAGAGCAUAUGGAUUUAUGGCUGUCUCAGUGCGAGGAUAUGAGCAGUUAUUGUAUAUGAUUAUUUGUAUUUGUCGCAAUAUGAUGUAUGACUAGAAGUUACUCUGAUUUCUAGUACAACUAACACUGAAUUAUAUUGUUUUGAAUAAUUGUGUAAGCUGACUAAAUGGAAGGCAAAACAGAUUUGUACAUAAUAAUGCAAUUUCAUGCAAUCUCGAGAUAACAGUGUACUAGUUAUUAUUUGUAA